GGCCAGCUGGCCCCCCGCCCUCUCGUCCCCCCGCCGCCGUCCCCUUUGUAUCACCGCCUUUUUUCACGCGAAACCGGCUUGGUCCGGGGAACGUGAACCUCCCCCAUUGUCGACCGACGACGCCCCGCUGCGUUGCUCAGCUCCGCGUAAGGCCCUGUAACGUCGCACUCACGUAUAUUGAACUGCGCUGUCGCCUCUGCCACGGCAAUCCUUUUUAGCCUUGCUUCUCUUGUCGCCCGCUCUGUCUUUUUGACAAAACGCGGAAUCAAGACUUUUGAAUGUCGUUGGGGUCAUUGCAAUGAACGAUAUUUCUGGCCUUCAACCCAAAGGAACUCGAGAGGCAGCUGUCCAAGUCAACUUACCUCCUUUCCAUAUACCAUAUGACAGACAUUGGUAUGAUGGUUUUCCGUCAUGGUAUCCGCCCCCACCACCUCACAGUCCAUACAUACCAUAUCCUCCACCCGGUAUGCACCCGGCAUACGCUUACGGUGGUGGUCCGCCGGGAUGGGAAGCGUAUUCAGGUAGACCAUAUUAUUACGAGGAGGACCGUGGCGAGGAUGGAAAACAUCGGGAUUUGGCGUCCAUUGGGGGAGGAAAGCGGCGGAGGGACGCGAUCGAUGAACACGGCUACCCAAAUGGAUGUCAUGAAAAGAUUCCUGAUGUGGGAGAACGCUGGCACAAACGCGUGGACCGGAAACAUCGCAGAGAGCUCAAAGAAAAACUUAAUCAUAAGGGAAACAAAAAACAUCGGGAAUACAUUUCUUCACCUUCAUCCUCCUCGGGCAGCACUGCGUUUUCCGACUCUUCAGAAGGCGCAACCAAACCUGCGCGCAAGUCAGGUCACAGAUACCCACAAGCUUCUCACUCGCUGAAAAGGGCCCACAGAAAACAUGCGCGACUUUUAAAACCGAUUUAUCCUUCGUCAACCGAUACUUCUGACUCUGAGCAGAUGAAAUCUGAGCCAAAGUUUUUUGAUAAGCCUUUGGAACGGCAGUAUGUUAACCGACCCGAUCCUCGAAACGGACGGCAAGGUCGGAUUCCUCAGCCAGAGUAUUCGAGCACUAGUUCUAGCUCUGGUUCUGAAGCUGAAGAGCAGUCCAGCGAAGAGGACGAGCAACCCAAAGAAGUCAAAGACGAUGCUAGUACAUCGCGCUCAAACAGCUUUGCUUCUCAAGAGUCAGGGCCUUCCCGCACCUCUUCACACAGCCUUUCAUACCUGCCUAAUAUUCCGAUUGUGGCACCACCCCCUCCACCACCCAUUGUGAUCAUUCCACCUAAUGUUAACACUGCUCCGAAUACCCUUCCCACGCCCACCACGACACCUCCAGAUGCUCCCCAGGCACGCAAAACAGGCUAUUGGACCGAAGAGGAAACGAUUCGCCUUAUACAUGCUGUUAACGUUCACGGACAAACGUGGGCGCGAGUAGCGCGCGAUGUACAAACCCGAGACGCAAAUCAAUGCGAAAAGCGAUGGCGAAGAAUUGAUCCAAAAGAUUACGUUGGCAUUCCACCUCCAAGCAUUCAUCAAACACCUGUGACGACACUUUCGUCUGCACUUCCUUCCGCAAGUCCACUCCCAGUACAACUUCCACCGCCUUUGCCUCCUCAACCCGAACCACAACGCCCUUCGCCACAGAACCCAACCACGCGCACUAUCCGCCCAUGGACAAACCAAGAAGACAACGCCCUGCUCCAAGCCGUUCAAAUACAUGGCCAAAACUGGCGACUUGUAGCAUCUCUCGUUCCGACUCGGAACACACGGCAAUGCAAGGAACACUUUCUCCGUGUCCUGUCGCGUCGCUCUGACGUCUCCAGCCCGGUCCCAUACUGGAGUAAAGAGGAAGAUGAAAUCUUGCUGGAUGCAUAUCAAGAGGUCGGGCCGCGUUGGACCCUGAUUAAAGACAGACUGGAGGGCCGGAAUGAAGGAGCUUGCGAAAAGCGUCUCAAGAAAUUGAAGGGGAGGGAGAGUUCUGAUAAGGAUGGUGGUCACACGGGAGAUGAGGAAUUGACUGGAGAUGACCACGACCAUGGGCGAGAGCGUGACCACGACCGCGGAGUCAUUACGGAAGAGGAAUCGUUGAGUUCCAAUAUUAUGGCGUGAGAACCUUAUUUGUGCUACAGCAACUCUGUCUGUGCAUGUGCGUAUUUUCAGAUGCGGAGAGCAAUCAUGUGUAUAUUGAGUAUUUUUUUGCAAAUAUAUUUACAAAGCGAGGAGUCUGGCCUUGGCAGCAAAGCUGCAGAUCUAUCUCGA